CUGCGGCCGCCUGGGCGAAGAGGCGGGACACGUCGGCGCUACCUCGGCCACCGCCCCCCUCCUCGGGUUCCAGCAGCCGCCGCCGCCGCCGCCGCUGCCGCCGCUUCCUGGGCCGAGUCCUCCCGCGGCCCCAGCGGCGCCAGGUGCCCUCGCGUGCCCAGCUCGGUCUGCGCCCAACGCCAGCGUCCCGGCCCGCCGCUCAGCCGCUGCCGAGAUGGCGACGCGCUCCUGCCGGGAGAAGGCUCAGAAGCUGAACGAGCAGCACCAGCUCAUCCUGUCCAAACUGCUGAGGGAGGAGGACAACAAGUACUGCGCCGACUGCGAGGCCAAAGGUCCCCGAUGGGCUUCCUGGAAUAUCGGUGUGUUUAUUUGCAUCAGAUGUGCUGGAAUUCAUAGAAAUCUUGGGGUUCAUAUAUCCAGGGUCAAGUCAGUCAACCUAGACCAAUGGACACCGGAACAGAUACAGUGCAUGCAAGAUAUGGGAAAUACUAAAGCAAGACUACUUUAUGAAGCCAAUCUUCCAGAGAACUUUCGAAGACCACAGACAGAUCAAGCAGUAGAAUUUUUCAUCAGAGAUAAGUAUGAAAAGAAGAAAUAUUAUGAUAAAAAUGCUAUAGCUACUACAAAUAUUUCCUCCUCUGAUGCUCCUCUUCAGCCUUUGGUAUCCUCUCCUUCUCUUCAAGCUGCUGUUGAGAAAAACAAAAUAGAGAAAGAAAAGGAAAAAAAAAAAGAAGAGAAAAAGAGAGAAAAGGAGCCAGAAAAGCCUGCAAAACCAGUAACAACUGAAAAGCUACAGAAGAAAGAAGAUCAACAGCUCGAGCCUAAAAAAAGCACCAGCCCCCAAAAAGCUGCAGAGCCCACUGUCGAUCUUUUAGGACUUGAUGGCCCUGCUGAGGUGCCAGUGACCAAUGGGAACACAGCCACAGUGCCAGCCCUGAAUGAUGAUCUCGACAUUUUUGGACCUAUGAUUUCUAAUCCCUUACCUGCAACUGUCAUGCCCCCAGCUCAGGGGACUGCCUCUGUACCACCAGCUGCUGCCUUGUCUACAGUAACAUCUGGAGAUCUGGACCUGUUCACUGAGCAGACUACAAAGCCAGAAGAAGCAGCAAAGAAACAGCUCUCCAAAGACUCCAUCUUAUCUCUGUAUGGUACAGGAACCAUCCAACAGCAGAGCACUCCUGGUGUGUUUAUGGGACCCACAAAUAUACCAUUUACCUCACAAGCAGCGACUGCUUUUCAAGGUUUUCCUUCGAUGGGCAUACCAGUGCCUGCAGCUCCUGGCCUUAUAGGAAAUGUAAUGGGACAGAGUACAAGCAUGAUGGUGGGCAUGCCUAUGCCCAAUGGGUUUAUGGGAAGUACACAAACUGGAGUGAUGCCACUUCCUCAAAAUGUCAUUGGUCCCCAAGGAGGAAUAGUGGGACAGCUGGGUACACCACAGAGUAAGUUUGGCCUGCCACAAGCUCAACAGCCUCAGUGGAACCUCUCACAGGUGAAUCAGCAAAUGGCUGGCAUGAGUCUGACUAGUGCAAACCCCACUGCAAGUUUUGGCCAGCCCCCCAGCACAACAGCAGGAUGGUCUGGAAGCUCAUCGGGUCAGACUCUGAGCACACAGCUGUGGAAAUGAGAGCUGCAAUAUGAGUUUCAUCCAGAACUACCACCUGACAUUCCUCGCUUAAACGCAUCUAGUUCCCCUGUUUAUUCAUGUACAUAUAUAUUAUUUUCUGUUCCCCCAUUUCUUCAUAUUAAGAAUUACCUGAUUGACCGUGUUGGUCUGUACUGAUUAAAUUUGAUGUGGUGAAAGCAGGUUGAGAAACCAUUUUCUGUCAAGGGCAGCUUUGCUCACAUUUCCCAUGACUUCAUAAGCCACAUUGAGAAGCUGCUCAGUCAACUUGCAUAAUCAGUUUUAGUCUCAAAAUUAUUGCUCUAAUGUUUGCAUAUAAGGGAAGUAGUUAUCAUGUUAGUAAUACCUCUAACAGUAUAAACCCCACCCCAAAUUAGCCAGUAAUCUUGUAGGAAGGUACUGUAUGAUCAAAUGUUUAAUCAUAUAAAUAGAAUGUAAAUGCAUCACUGAGCACUGUUUUCUAAGUGUAUCAAAAUUCUUUUAUUUCAUCACUCACUUCACUGUGCUGUUGUUAUGAUGUGCUUAACAGGGAACGUGGUUAGUGAAAGGAAGAUAAACCUGGAUGUUACUAUAAAACUUAAUGUUUAAAGAAUUCAAAUUUUAUCAGCCUCUUGUAAUUUGGAUCUCUUAUGUACAUAGUGCUAACAUGAAGACCUUUUCUGCACUAUAUGAAAACAGGGUAACUAAAACAAAGCCACUUUUAAUCCUUGAAGGUAUAUCCAGGUUUAUGACAGUAAUUGUGUUUACAUUUUAUGGUGCCUAGUAUUGACAAAAUGUUAUUUCCCUAUAUUAAACAGAUGAAUCCAUACUUUGUUUUUUAUUUGUGGGUUUUAUUUCCUACAAUGUAUACUGCCACUUGUGAAGCUGAGAAUUGGGAAUAUUUAGUUGUACAACUUUUUAGCACAAGUUCUAAUGCCUAUUCCAUUCUACCAGUUAUAAGAUGAAUUGAGAGGGAAGGAGCAGUACAUAAGAUACUCAGAAUGAUAAUAUGCAGAAUCAUUCAGCUUUACAAAAAAAUCUUCCAGUGAAGUUGUAGAAAAUACAUGCAGAACAAAUGAAGACAUUUUUAGCAUCCAGUUAGCGUAUGCUAACUGACAAGCUCUGUGUAGACAGAUGUCCGUCAGCUAACAGUAAAGGCUGCUGUACUGAAGUAAAAGGAACAAUACCUGAAUAAGCCGCAGCCUAAACUCCAAUCUUCUUCUUCCACACCCCACUGAAUGGGCAACUGUUCCAGUUGCUACUUGAGUCUACACCUCAAUGUUCACUGUGUCCAGGUGGUACUUGGGCUCAUUGGCUAGAUUGACCUUCUCUGUCCGAGUGUGCCACACAAGAACCUACAGAGGGGGAGAGAUUUGAGUAGCCUCUAUCAACACUGCCACUCGAGGUGAAGCAUGAGUGAAAUGAAUGAGUACCUUGGUGCAGUUAUUUGCUUUGGGUUCCAGUUCUUCGACUGUGGUUAUCUGCUUUAGAAAGUCAGAUUCUUGCAUUCCUGGCUGGGAUCCACGACGCUUAAAUACAGCUUUUGGAUUGGACAAGAUGACCUGCAGACUCACAGCAAAUCCUUUUUAUACAGUAAAAAGAAAAAGAAAACUU